AUCGUAGAGAGUGGUUGUCAGCCAUUUUGUUUGUAAUUGGGUACUCCUUACUGCGUAGCAUAUUUUAGGGGUUUCUUAACGAAGAAAUUGUGUCUUUUAUUAAUUACCCUUCGUUUCCAGGACAUUCGAUUCAUUCUUUAUCUAAUCAAGUUUUUGUGAAGAAGAAUAUUAUAUUAAAUAUUGAAGUUCUAGGGCCCGCCUAAGGACGCAAACAUGAGCGUCAUAAUAAGACUUCAAAAUCUUCCUUGGUCUGCGAACGCCCUUGACAUUCGACAAUUCUUCAGUGGGCUGAGUAUACCAGAAGGUGGAGUUCACAUCGUUGGCGGUGAGCAAGGGGACGCCUUCAUAGCUUUCAGCACCGAUGAAGAUGCCAGACAAGCAUUUAAUCUUAACGGUGGCAGAAUCAAGGAGAUACAAAUUAAGCUUAUGCUUAGUUCGCGCACAGAAAUGCAGAAGAUUAUCGAGGCCGCGCGUAAUCCAUUAGCAGCGUUUAUGCAUCAAAACGCUACAGCUCAAUCCAUGCAAGCAAUUUUACCUGCCGUCAUUCCUCCACUUAUGCCCGAAGUAGGAAGGAAGGACGACCCGAAAGAUAAGGGAAAGCGUGACCGUCGCCGUUCUCGCUCGAGAUCGCGCGACCGUAAAGAUCGAUCGCGCGAAAGGGACCGUCGCGAUCGAAGACGCCGCGAUCGCAGCAGAUCAAGAUCUCGCGAACGUAGAGAACGGCGAAGAAAGGAAAGAAGUACCAGCAGGGAACGGCGUCCGUCAAAGGAUCGCGAUCGUCGCAGUAAGGAUCGAAGACGUUCCGAGGAGAAGUCCGGGUUUUCCUCUAAUUCAAAUUCUGACAAGGAACCUAACGCAAAAAUGUGGGAGGAGCCGCCCACAGUCAACAUUCUCCAUCAACAGCAACAAACCCUUCUUAAUCCCUUCUUGGCAAACAACCUCGAAGAAAAUCGUCGCAAUUUAAACGCCUUAGCGUCCAGCUCUCUCCUACUGCAGGGAAAUAGAAAUGGUUUCCAAAACCGAAAUGAUACCUUUGGUGGAAAUCGCAAUCAAGACAAUUGGAACUCUAUGGGACAAUCUAUGCAUCCAAUGGGCAAUAGACCAAAUUUCCAUGGCCAUGUGGAUCGACUCAACGAACCUUUUCAGUCAGUCAAUCGACCUAUGCAGAAUCAGUUUGGAGAUAAUCAAGGGGUAGGUUUUAAUCGCCUCCCGUCUCGUCGCCCUGAGAAUCGUGCGAGUCGCUUUGACAGCGGACUAUCUCCCAUGCUUUCGGAUCGUCCUAGUUUGCUUGAUCUUCCACGUCCCGACUACAACAAAAACUGCUGCGUUUCAUUAAGACCUUACUAUGGAGGCUAUGGAGAAAUACGUCGUUUUUUCCACGGUAUCUUCAUACACAAUACCGGCAUAAAGUUUGUUAAUGACGAAAAUGGAAAACGUACCGGUAUUAUUCAUAUACAGUUUGCCCAACCCGAUGGGAAAAUAGAGGCUUUGCAACGAAAUGGACUGAUUUUGAAGAAUAAUCGAAUGGAGAUUGCUCACUUAGAUGACAGUAUUUUUGAGUCUACUGUGGAUCGAUACCGACCAGAAUUUAAAUCGGACUCUAAUGACAGACGAUCAUCUCCCGAUCAGUAUCGGGCAAAAAGCAGUCCAAUUAUGUUCAAAAGUUCAGUACCAUCUAAUUUUAGUUGUAUUGCAGUUGAAGAUCUACCAUUGUUUACCAAAGAGCAAGAUAUGCUAAAAAUCUUUUCGGAUUACUCGAUGCUAUCGUGUUGGCUGGUCAAUCAGCAGAGACAUGUUGUCGCAUUUAUCAAAUUUGCCAACGCAGACGAUGCAAAAAAGGCGAUCACUGAAAAAGGUAAAUACACAUUUGAUGGAAAACCUCUAGAUAUACGGCCGUGCUCGGAUGAAGAAUAUGCUUCCGUUAGUCAGGAUGAAGUUCAAGUGAUCGACGACGAUGAUGAGGACAAAGAUAUUGAAAUCGAUAAAGUGUAUAUGAGAUCUGACUGUGUUUCGUUAACCGGCUUACCUUUAAAAACUAGUGAUCGUGACAUCAGCGACUUUUUCUCAGAUGUCGCCAUUGUUCCUACUAACAUUCAUCUGGUCAAUUCAAGCGUUGGUUUCACAGGUGAAGCGUUUUGUGAAUUCGCCUCUGCAGCUGAUGCAGAAAUUGCUUUAGAAAAGAAUGGCUUACCGUUAGGGUCAGGAACGGUAGCUGUGGAUUCUGUGUUACGUGCCGACAUGGAGGAUACCUUGAGGGGAACUAGUGGACUAAAUCUUAAUUGUAAUGGACCUCGGCCUAUGUUCAAUAGAGGAUUUGGAGGGAACUUUGGACCAAGAGGACCGAACUCUAUGGGACCCCGCCCACCAAUGAGACGCCCUCUACCAACUCCAGUCAAUCCCUCAAAUAUGGGAUCCAAAGGUUGUACACUACUGAUGGAAAAUGUUCCUUAUAAAGCGGGAUUGAAUGAGAUAUUAGAAUUUUUCGAUGGUUUCAAUGUACCCCCCGAUAAUGUUCUAAGACGGUAUAACGAGAAUGGGACACCGUCAGGUGAAGCGAAAGUUAUAUUUACUAAUCCACAGGACGCUUUUCAAGCACUUCAAGAAAGGCAUCACAAAAAAAUUCGAGAUCGUCCCAUAUAUCUCAGUCAGUGCUAAUUAGUACCUAUUGUUGUUCUGUACAGACUGUAAUUGAAAAAUAAGUGCAGAGGCUCCUAUUAAUUAAUAAACGCAAUAAGUUCAUAUUUAUUUGAUAAUUUGUAUCUAUUCCUCACCAACAUUUAACAUAUCUUUUGCCAUGUUUAGAUUGUAAAAUAUUUGUGAACUUAGUUUGUAAUUUUAUUUUUUUAUUUUUGAGUCGCACUUCUUAAGUGUUGUAUAAUUACGGUUACGUUUUAGUGAUACGAGAAAAACAAAAUAUUUAUAAACAUAUACCUAAUCUUUAUCUCUUAUAUAUAAAUGUAGGUAAUUUGUAGGUAGUGCAUCUUUUUAAGUUUUUGUAUAAUAAACAUGAAAAUACA